GCGUCAUCUCAGCUCAACGGCUAGCGCUACUCGCUUAAGCUUUGGCUUCGCCUACUCCCCACAAUACUCCACACUAACUCAGUCUUCUCCAUUCGGCAGUCGAGCAGUUCAGACGUGUGUCGACCGAUUUCUCGCCGUACCCAAAGCCAGAGAAAAGGCGCGUUGUCUUUUCACUCUUUUAGCGCUCAUCCUCGUAAUUUUGGUCCUAUCAACUCACGAUUGUUAAAAGGUUUAGAAGAGAAGAAGAACUAUGACUGAACAAGAAAAUAAGGAUUUCAGCGAGGAUGUCGCUGAGCAGAAUUUCGAGCAGAACGGCGAGGCGGAGAACGGUGGUGGUGGUGACGCCACUGAAAACGGCCAAGAAUCCCAGGAAGACAGGUUGGCUAAAGGAACCCAGGAUUCGCUGAAUGAUAGAAAGCUGUUCGUUGGUGGUCUUAGCUGGGAAACGACAGACAAGGAAUUAAGAGAUCACUUUAGUACAUUUGGUGACAUUGAGAGUAUCAAUGUUAAAACAGAUCCAACUACUGGUCGUUCCAGAGGAUUUGCUUUUAUUGUUUUUGCCAAAGCAGAAUCUCUAGAUAAGGCUAUGUCUCAUGAAGACCACAUCAUCAACAAUAAGAAAGUUGAUCCAAAAAAAGCCAAAGCACGUCAUGGAAAAAUCUUUGUUGGAGGUCUGUCAACGGAACUUUCUGAUGAUGAUAUUAAGACGUUCUUUUCCCAAUUCGGAACUAUCGUCGAUGUUGAAAUGCCAUUCGACAAGACGAAGAAUCAGAGGAAAGGAUUUUGUUUCAUCACAUUUGAAUCUGAACAAGUUGCUAAUGAGUUAUUGAAAACAACAAAUCAAACCAUUAAUGGCAAAGAGGUUCAAGUGAAAAAAGCUACUCCAAGACCAGAAAUGGGAGUUAUGCGAGCUGUAGGUAGAGGUGGUCGUGGUGGCCGUGGCGGACGCGGCCGAGGUUUCGGCGGUCAAGGCGGUUGGGGUCAGGGAGGCUACGGUGGUGGAUAUGGUCAAGGAGGCUACGGUGGAGGAUAUGGCGGUGGUUACGAUGGCUACGGUGGCAAUUAUGAUUACUAUGGAGGUGGCUACGGCGGCUACGGAGGUUAUGACUAUAGUGGAUACGACGGCUAUGGCUAUGGCGGUGGUAGUUACGAUGGUGGCUACAGUGGUGGGCGCGGUGGUGCACGCGGCAAAGGAGGCUCAGGCUUUGGCGGAAAGCAGAGAGGUGGCGGCCGCCAAAACCAGAGGCACCAACCCUAUUAAAGCCACAAAUUUUCUUUCGACCGCGAUGCCACUUGCAUCGUAACUAUUGGUCACCCAUCCUAUAACAAUCGUAACUCGUCAAAUCAUCAUUCCAUAACAAAGCCUCGUCAUUUUCAACAAGACUCCCAAGCGC